AUGCCCUCCUACCUCGUCACAGGCGCAAACCGUGGCCUCGGCUAUGCAUUCGUCCAGUACCUCUCCCGCGAGCCGUCCAACACCAUCAUCGGGCUCGUCCGCAACAAAGCCAGCGCCGACGCCUCCGUGUCUCGCGACAACCUCAAGAACGUAACCAUGCUGCAAGCCGACAUAACGGACCGCGCCUCUCUCCUCUCGGCACGGGAGACAGUCACCUCCAUCACUGGCGGCAGUCUGGACUACCUGAUCAACAACGCCGCGUACAUCGAACGGGUGACCGAGGCCAACGGUCUCGACGACUUUUCGGACAACCUGGACCCAGAGAUCCUGGACGCCGAACUCCUCAAGUCCUUCCGCGUCAAUGUCAUGGGCGUCAUCAACACCAUCAACACCUUCUUACCACUCAUCAAAAAAGGCAAGGCCAAAAAAGUCGUCCUCAUCUCAACCGGCAUGGCCGACCACGACCUCGUCAAUAACGGCGGAAUCUGGAACGGGGCGCCCUACUCCAUCUCCAAAGCCGCCGUCAACAUGGUCGUGUCGAAAUACAACGCACGUCUAGCCUCCCAGGGGAUCCUGUUCUUUGCCCUGUCGCCCGGCGUGGUCGCAACAUACGGAGAUGACGAGCCCGCUGCCGUGGACGACCUGAGGAAAAUGGUUCCCGGAUGGCCUGGCCCCUUGCAACCAAUCGAGUCGGCCGAGAUGUGUGUGAGUGUCAUGCAUGACUUCAGUCUUGAGAAGGGGAAUGGAGGAGCAUUUGUCAGUCAUCACGGGAAUAAAGAGUGGUUGUAGAGGCAUUGCCGGUUCUCACAUGACAAAACGGCCCAUAGUCGAAAUGCUUCGAUCCAUGCUGCAGCCAUGCUUUGUGUUGG